UUCUAUACCACAAGCGGUAACCCCGAGCUACACUCGGGCUUACCAUGCGGCGCUGCUCUGGGGGUCCCUGCAGCACUUACCUUGUCCUUCGUUCCCACGAUGUGUCCCCUGCAGCGUCCCCGGCCAUCUCCUCCGGCCGAUGCCGGCAUCCGGCUUCUGUGUUCCGGUCCCCGUGACGUCGGGACGUACGGGCGCCGCCGGCGGCGGGAAAUUUUAAAAAAUUUAAAAAAUGUUUUUUUUUUUUUUUUUCAAUUUUAAAUAUGCUUUGUCCUGUGCCCUGCCUGCAUUUUGUCUGUUCUUUCUG